ACACCACACUUUUGUGUCAUGUCGGCUGACGGACGGUCGUGUGCUGUUGAUUUUUCUCUUGGGUGUGUUUAUGACGUGAUUUAAUUUGUUAUUAGCAUAUAACUGGACUUGUUAUUAACAGUAAACAGUGGUGAUAAGCAAAGUGUUAAUAUGUUGCGGUAUUUAGUGGAUACAUUUUGGGAUGAAGAUGUGUGGUUGCCUCCAAAUACUACCUGGGAGGAUUUGGCCCCAGGGCCUGAUAAACCUGUGGUUUACAAUGAUCACAGGCACCUUCUGUACCCUCUGCCCUUAGCAGUGGUGCUAAUAGUCCUGCGGCACAUACUAGAAAAGUACUGGUUUGCGCCCUUUGGAAAGUCGUUAGGUAUUAAGAACACAAGAUCAAAGAAAGCACCUAGUAACCCUAAGCUAGAGUUGGCCUACCAGACAUCACCUAAAAUUAAGCAUAAACAGUUCUUUUUGAGCAAGGAUGAGAUAUGCGCGCUAGCGAAGCAACUAGAUAUGUCAGAACGCCAGGUCGAGCGGUGGUGGCGCCUCCGUCGGUCCCAGGACAAGCCUUCCACACUCGUCAAGUUCUGCGAGAACGCGUGGAGAUGUACCUUCUAUCUGUACAGCUUCUCUUUCGGAAUGUUCAUUCUUUGGGACAAGGAUUGGCUGUGGGAUAUAGAUAAUUGCUAUAUCGACUAUCCGCAUCAGGGCCUAACGAACGACGUGUGGUGGUACUACAUGAUCUCCUCCGCCUUCUACUGGUCGUUAACCAUGUCCCAGUUCUGGGACGUCCGUCGCAAGGACUUCUGGCAGAUGUUCGUCCACCAUGUGGCCACCAUCAUGCUGUUGUCCUUCAGUUGGGUGUGCAACCUUCACAGGAUCGGGACGCUGGUGUUGCUGUCACAUGACUGUGCGGAUAUAUUUUUAGAGCAAGCGACCAUUGCGACGCGCUUGUGGCGCCGGCGAACAUUUGCGGCAAAGGCCACGAAGUACGCCGGCUACCAAAGGUUCUGCGACUGCGUGUUCGCUAUGUUCACUGUGCUCUGGAUCGUGACGAGGUUGGGGAUAUACCCCUUCUAUAUUAUUUGGAGUACAACGAUCCGCGCGCCGAUGCUGGUCCCAAUGUUUCCGGCCUACUACAUCUUUAACUCCCUACUGUGCCUUCUACUAGCCCUGCAUAUGAUUUGGACGUGGCUGAUUCUCCAAGUCGCAUAUAAGACUAUUAAGGCUGGCCAGAUGGAGGGCGACAUUCGCAGCUCGAGUUCAGACAUCAGCGAUAGCUCGCAUUACUCUAAUCACAGCACGCCCAACCGGGUCAACAAUAAAAAAGACACAUAGAGCACGGCGCGACGCGCGCAGUGGGCGCGCUCCUGACUGCUGACGACAGGUUGUACUCGUACGUAGUUACGUAUCGCACACCGGCCAUUCAUGACACUAACAUUAUUUCGACACCAUACUCCUGACUGCUGUUGACGACAUGGUUGUACGUAUUGCAUACCAGCUACGCUCACGAUUAUUUCGAUACCGGUUUACAGACACAAACCGGUUAAAUUAUACCAUAACAAAAACCGGUUUAUUAUUGUAGCUAAUUAAAAUUGGGUUUUAAAAAACUGGAUAAGCAAUGGCACAGUCUGGUUUCAAUUUAUUUUGACUUUGUUAUUUGUAUCUAUAAAUGGACUGACGAACUGUUGCAUUAUAAAUAUAUUAUACGACAAAAAAAGUCACUAAGGACAAUGCCUAGGGUAACACAAAUCAAAAUAUUUAAUGAAAUGAUUUGUUUCAUGGUUGUAUUGAAAUAUUGUAAUUUAGCCUAUUAGCCUAUAGCUAUAGGCCUACUACUCGCCGCUCCCCUACUUAGGGAACCGAUUGAGUUAAGCAGUAGGGCUGUAGGAUUACACAUAGUCUUGCAAAACGGUUUUUUUUAGUUUCUUGGAUCCGUGCCGUCCUUAUUUUUAUUUAAUUAUUUUAUAUGAGUCUUAAGUAAACAAUUUGAUUUACCUCAGUAUUUUCCAUUUUCGUGUACUUACAUAUAAUUUUAUCGUACUUAAAUUACACCGUUUUAUUUAUUUUUUACUUUAGAAUUGUCUUUUUUCAAUAACUAUUGUUUAUCACAUUAAAGAAACGGCUGGUGUCGCGGUAUUCUGAAUAAAGUAUCAAUACAGAUACGUGUUUCCUAAUACCUACAUAUAUAAUUAUAAUAAAAGGCUAUUGGCUUUAAUAAUAAAAGGUUAUAUAUAUAAUUAUAAUAAAAGCUAAAGGCUAGGUAUUGAUGAUAAAAGAACAAAAUGGUUUCGUAGUUUUUUUAAUAACGUCGGUGAAAGAAAAUUAUUUAUAAUUAAUUUAGUUUUUUACGUUACAUAUUAAAAGCAUGGGGUUGCAGUAACUAUAUAUAUCGAUGAAAACUGACCCUUAUUACUUUAUCUAAAUUAAAAAAAUUGUAAAGUAACCAAAAAUUUAUCCUAAUAUUAAUUAAUUUUAAUUAUACAUAGGAAUUCGCACGAUUGCCUUACCUUGUUAAAGGUAUUUCGCAUAUAAAUAUAAGUCAUAAUAAUAAUAUACAAUGGAUAGUUAUCUAUUGGAAUUGGUUCUAAAUAAUAUAUGCUAAUGAUGAAUAGGUAUAUAAUAAAGUCAUGGUGCAUUAAAGUACAGUACAUUAAAAAACUUGUCGUGACUAUGUCAAUGUCAUAGAGACGAUGACAUGAGUUUUAGUUUAUCACUUUACCUGUACAAUCUUUUCUUAUACCAGAUUAAGGCCACGAAAAUCUAUGACCAAGCAAAUUUAUCGCCUAAUAAAUACGACAAGUUUCUAGUUAUAAAAUUAUUGUUAGAAUUAAUCGACUUGACAAAAUCUGUGCAAAACCGGUUUCAGGUCUUACUCAGAUAUUCUGCACCGGUUUUCCCUUUAACCGGUUUUAGAUACUUUGUGUUCUAUGGCAAAAUUUAAAUUAUAAUUCCAUUUUACUAUGUCAACAACGAAGCCUAUUUGGCAUGUAUAUAAAAAUGUAGUGUACAUAUGCCAUCAGGCCUUCACAUAAUAUAUAAUUACUUAUUUUAUUUACUUGUAAUAUUCUUAACUUUCUCUAUCGCGCCGAUUCAUUAGUAUUUACUACUGUUACUCUCUACGAAAUCACAAAUUACUGCUAUUGCACAACUACUCUGUGAUUAUUUAAAACUACGUGUCUCAAUGUUUUAUUGGUUAAGUGACAUAAAUUCAUAUUAAAUCUGUUGCCUUCUAAUGUUUAAAGUACUCAGUCAAAUAAGUUACUUACUGGCAAUCAAACUUAUUGAAAAUUAUGUAAAAUUUUAAAGAAAAAAUAAAUAAUCACGGUUUAUGUGAUAUUUUUCGGCUUAUAAUGAUUAAAGAUAAUAUUUUACCCGUUUAUAAAGUCGAUGAAAACAGUUAUUUUUAGCCAGUUUUGUAAAUAUUCUAUUGGAUGGGACCACGUAGUUGAAAUUAGCUACACGCUUCCAUAUUUAAAUAUAUUAAUAUCUUAUUAGACAAAUUAUAACUAUGAAAAUCAGUCUGCAUUCGCUAUACUUACCUACAAAUUAUAAAGCUAAAUUUUCAUUAUUAAUUAUCGAUCAAAAAUGUAUAAGUAACAUAUUUUUAUUUGAAAUUUUAAUCCGCCUUCACAUUAGAUAACUUAUAAGAAUAACAUUGUGUUCAAUCCGCUGACGACCAUGGAAAUGUAAUGUUAUACACUAGGGUUAGAUAUAUCAUAGAUAGGGAGAUCAUUGUGUAUCAUUACUUCAUGCUUUUUAGCUACUUAAUUUUAUUGUUUAUGUUUUCGUAAACUCACUAAGAUACACUGUUUAUGGCGAGAGACUUACAUCUACUCAUAGAUAUAUAGGGUUCACAAACAUCUGCACAAACCAACGUUCCAAAAAUAUAUUUACACGCCUCAAUGACACUGACAAUAAGGUCAGGUAAAAUAGUAAAUAUAUUAUUGGUUUGUAAAGAUGUUUAUCAACUCGACCGUACAAACACAGCGAGUCUUUAUAUUAAUUAAUUAAUUAUUAAUUCAUUUAUUCAUAUAAUACAGUUACACAUAUACUAUAAAUGCGCCAAACUGGAGUAACCAACAAAUCAAAUCAAAUAUAAGUCAAAAAUAUGUGGUAGCAAAUAUAUGUGGAUAUCAAAUUCUGUGUAGGUUCCACAGAGGUUCGUCAGUGUCAAAAGUGGUACAUUCGUGCCUUUUCUCACAUGGUUGUAUAUUAAAUAAACCCAUUUAUUCCACAGAGUGAGAUAAUAUUUGGUAAUAUUAUAUAUUCGAUUUAACUAUAUUCAUAGAGUACCGUUUUGAGCUAAUAGAGUUUAUGACAUUUUAUGAGUAAUGAAAUUAUAUCCCUAUCAAAACGGUUUUCUUAGAGCAGUAGAGUUACUUAUUUCCUUGGACUUGCUAGUAUAUAUAGUGUUUGGAUGCCAUUCAUUUAUUAAGUAAGACGAUUUUUGCCAGUGUAUGAUCCCCUCCCUCCCCUUUGUAAGAAAAAAUAAGAAAAGGCUAACCCGCUCCCCCCUAUAUUGGCUAUAUAUCACGUAAAAAACUACAGGAAAAAAUAAAUACACGUUCGGUUUGUUUUAGUGUUUAUUUAAAAAAAACAUUUUUGGAACGUUUAUUUGUACCUUUAAAGGUACUGGAGCCCGUUUAAGCUCUGCGCCGUGUUUGAUAGCAUGGAGUGGGUCAGUGUUAUUUAAAACGUCAUAAUUUUAUAGAAAUAAAAAAAAAUUGUGAUCUACGUAAGAACUAUGAAAAUCCCCUCCCUCCCCCUUGUAAGAAAAAAUAAGAUAUGUUCGACCUCCCUCCCCCCUAAAUCGUCUUACGUACUUAAUAAAUAAAUGGCGCCAUUCGUCAAACUAUAUUAUAAUAUAAACUUUCGAAGAAACAGUUUGUUAUUUUUUGACAAAUGUCUGAGCUUAUGAACAAUGCAUAAUGGGCCUGUCAUGACUAUGUGAUAUGAUUAUAUCACUUCUUUUGGAAUGAGUACUUGUUGUAUCAAAUGAUUUGUUAAAGAUAUAAUUAGUCUAAGAUGUUUUGGUGGUCUCUGAUACUAGAUAGUAAACAUGUAGAUAGGAAGUAUUAUUUAAUUCUUAGUUAGUGCCUUUUACACACGCAACACUACAAAAUCAUUCCUUUAGAAUACGAUGGUGAUAAAAUUUGUAAGCCUUUCGAUAAAUCUAAAUUAGUCUUAUGGUUUUUAGGUGCGUGUGUGAAGCAGAUAUAAAUGCUUGUUUCGUAUGGUUUAAAUAAUGUGUUCUAUAUUGAUAUUCAGAAUUGAAUAGAGGAAUUUGAUGUUUUCGCAUAAGCAUUUAACCUUUUAACCGACAGAGACGUCAAAUGACGCACGCGGCUGCAGUCAAAAAUCAGCCUUCGUGCAAUCCGAAAAGGUUCACAGUCACGCGCCAAACACGACAGGCGCGGCGUUCAUAGGGUUAAUACAAUUUUCCCUAUAUCCAAUAUUUUUUAAUGAUUUAUAUGUAAUAUUCUUUCAUGGUUCUACUGAUUUUCAUAAAUAUUGAAAUAGAUAAUAAUUAUUCAGUGUUGUCAGUUUACUCUUACUAAUUCUGAAUAUCAUUGGAGCGCCGAUUCCUCAUUGUAAUACUGUCUUGUAUAUGUCUAAACACUAAUGGAGUUAUUCAUAAACGCGAUAAUGGCCUGAAUUAGCUAUGAAUUGUUUAAGUUGUGUAAAGUUUCAUGAAUAAGAGGGUAAGUUUAUUAAAAGCGUCGAACAAACAUAUAUAAAUUAUAAUACCUGUUGGAUGCAUGAAAAUUUGACAAUCGCAAUUUGAGAAGUAAUCAGAUUAUGAUAAGUUAUCGAAUUGAACAAAUAAUGCAGUUAAGUAUGUAAUAUUGUUAUUUGUUAGACAGGUAUAAUAUGAAUUUCCUCAAAUGAUUUUUACGCCUAAGACACAAUCUGUUAAACAAAAGCCAUUGUUUCUUUUGUGCGAGCGGUGGGCUACCGUGUUGAGCGCGUGCCUAAGCAAAAACGUCUAAAAAGCGGCUGUAUCGUGGUAGUUUUAGGGUUCAAAUCUAUUUACAUACAUGUAACAUGUUUUGGUAAUGUAGGACAAUCGCCCACCUUAAUAUAGGCAAGCGCUCAUAUUAUUACUUAGAUUUGAACCUUAAAAACAACUAUUACACAGUCGCUUUUUAAACGACAUUGUUGCUUUGGCACGCGCUCAACACGGUAGCCCACCGCUCCUACAAAAUAAACAAUGGCUUUUGUUUAACAGAUUAGGGUCUUAGGCGUAAAAAUCAUUUGGAUAAAUUCAUACUACACUUCAAUGGUUAUCUGAGAUAAGGUCAAUACUGAUAAGUGGGGCUGGUCUUCAUAUUGGCGCCUAUUUAUUUACACAUUGAUUAGUGUUUACUGCGAGUUCAUACAUUUGGUACUUGCGUUUAGUGGCAAAUGUAUGUACUAGGAAAUGCAAACCGGUUUUAUGUGUAUGAGAAAACCGGUUUAUAACCGAAAUUUCAUACAAAUAAAAACCGGUUUGCAUUCCCUAGUAUGUACCAACACUAACUCGCGAUAAAGGCUACACUUAUCGUUAUUGACCUUACCUAAUUAAAACCUUAGCCUGAAACCUAAAUAAAACACGGAUAAUUUUGUUUUCCUAUUCUUUCACAUUUUGUUUUAUCAAUAUAAUUUUUAUCGGUUUUUCGAUAGGGUAUACCGGUUUCGGCCGGUUAUGUUACGUUAAUUAUAUAACAAACGCACCGUUCUUGCAACUAAAGUGCAUAAAUUAAUAUAAGUGCUCAUGUUAACAUCAAAUUCAUAUCUAAAUAUCUACAUAGGUGCUAUUGCUAAAGAAUAAUGUUUAAUUUAAGCUAUGCUAGUAAAAUCUACAAUUUUGCUUGUUUAUAAAAAUACGAAAAACAGUUUCAUUCAAACUAUUUCACAUCGCGCCAUAUUUACAUAUUUGCUGUAUACUUAAUAUUUGGGUCAACGAAGAACCAAGAUGUUGGUAAGAAUUAAGUAAUGUGACAAAUAAAAUAACGAUUAAUUCAUUCUACGAAAAAUCUUGGCUGUUUCUUGAGUAAACUUAUGCAAAAAUUCCAAAAAAGUACAUUUUCUAAAGUUUUUACAGCUACAAGCUUACUAAUACUUUAAUCCCAAACUAUGCUUUUUUUCGAAAUAGUUUCUGGCCUUAAACGUCUAAAUUUGCCGCCGUAAGGCCACGCAUUUACAUUACAUUAGUUAUUUAUUGUUACGCAAAUAAAACACCCAAAGAUAUGCUUAAAGAAAGCUUAGGAAUUGUUAUAGGAUAAGAAUUUUAUAAAAAAAGUAGGUAAAAUUGUGUCGUUCUUAAGCAAAAGGUACUAAGGCUAAUCGCAAUAGCUAGGUAACAUGGUGAGGAGAAUUGCCUCACGGCGCCCCUCUUUACUGUCUACGGCGCCCCAGGGCGCCGCGGCGCACAGUUUGGGCACGUUGGUCGGUUGUCUGUAUUUAAAAACAGAUGAGGGAAGAAAUUCCUCAUGAAUUCCACGGUAAAGGCGGAAUAUGAACUCAUAUUUACAAAAAAACGGUUCCUUUUAACUAAGAACGCCAUAUUUGUGUAUUAUUUCAAACAGUCGUUUUAUUCUCCAGUUGCCUAAAAGAAAUCGUAAUUUUUAUUUAAAAAAAAUGUUUGCCUGCUUUUUUGCUAAGAAUUCGAACUAAUAUAAACAAGUACAGAUAAAAAUCUAUGAACAUAUUUUAUACUGUUAUUGAGAUGUAACUAUUGUUUUACAACUUACAAGGCCGCGUUAAUUAUGCUAAUCUUAGAUCUAAGACAAAUUUAUUAAGUACAGAUUUAGUGCAUAAUUAUUUUCCAUCGUAUUUUCACGAAAACGUACGAACGUGUAUUGCUAUUUCAGUCAGUCUCGGUACAAAGAGUAUUAAGGUUGACUGAAGUAGCACGACUAAUACGAACGUUUCCGAAAAAAUACGAUGAAAAACAAUAUUAUGCACUACAUCUGUACAGUAUUUCUUUAUUCAAUAAAAAUCUGUUGUAUCAGAAUAUGAAAUUAUAGUUCAGGUUUUUUUAAAUUAUUAUGAAUGUUAAUCCGUGGUUGUUGUUUCUUUCGUUUAAAAUUUAUUAAUGUUUUAAUUACGGCCUGUAUUGAUAAUGCCUAUAUAAAUUAAUAAUUUACCGCCAUGAUUUUUCUACAAACGAUGAUACCUACUUGUUUAAUAUUUAAUAAACUUUCCUACAGCUAAAUUAAUCUUUAUAUCAAAGAAUACGAAUUUUUACAGUAGGUACAUAUGGUGCUACUUUACCACACCAGUGCGGUAAUUAGCACGUUACGUGCCUGUGUAGAAAAUUUAAAGGGCCAUAUGUACUGUUAAACAAUGUACGAUAUAACACUCCUUCGGCCGUGUUUUAUUAUACCGCCACUAUUAGAUUAUUUUAAACCGGGUCACUCACGUAUUAUUAAGUCGAAUAGCUCGACAUGUUUCUGUCCAAUUUACGAGGACCGUCUUCAUGGAGACACGACACGUCUUCACUGGUCGAGGGCGCGGCUCGAUUCGAGGGGAGGGGAGGGGGCGGCUGGUGGUUGUGGCGGAGGGUGAGUGACCCGGUUUAAAAUAAUCUAAUAUGUUUGAGUCUCACGGGAGUUUUAUACCGCCACUAGUCGCGAAUUUCCUACUUUUCGCACUUGUAUCGUGAUGUACUAUGAAAUGAACAGCUUAUUCCCGUUCACUGUAUUGUUAGAUUUUAUAAGAUGUCUAAAUUGUAUGAACAGCUUUUAAGUACCUAACAUUCGGACAUCUUAGAAAAUCCGACUAUGGCACAUCACACAAAAGCUCGAAAAUCGAAAUUUGGUUUCUGCCUAUCUAUUGCUCUUGAUAUUAUAUAUAUUGACCCUCAGAAUUCUUUUUAGAUAUUCAAAGCCUGCAUUUAUGCAUUAGCCAUGAAAUAAAUUCAGAUAUUGUCUAUGACACCUGUCUUUUUGUGUAGAAAUUUGAAUUUAUUCCGCGCAUAGGGUUCACUCUGAAUAUCACAAAAAAUUAGCUUGUGUGUGACGCGCCUUAACCACUAUUUCUGUUUAUUAAUGGGGUUGGCAACUGUCAAAGAUUUGCAUACAUGGCGCCAUCAUAGCUCGACCCUUUCUCUAGUUUUGUUCUAUGAGAUUUGGCCUAAAGGGGCUGGCAUUCAGGGUCUAAAAAUCCAAAAAAAAAACAAGAAUUUGACACAAUUCUAGGGCAUGACAGGGCAAGCUAUGCUGGCGCCAUCUGUAAAAUACUUCGACCGGCCUACCCCAUUGAUUUAAUAUUCAAUCGGCCUCUCUUAAUAUGAAUAUGUAAAGUUUAAACUUUAAACGUGGCAUUACCACGACUUGAAAGGGAGCAACUCGCGACUCGAGACCGUGUAUUGUUAAAAGUGACACAACUCAGAAAAUGGUCGAUUUUAUAAUUUUAGAGGAUAUAGUGGAUCUAUAUUCCUUCCUGGAUAUUGAUACUAUGGAGAAUAUUUUUGAAUAGGUACCUAUUAUAGAAGUUAGUAGCGAAUAACUAAUUCCAUACAAACUUGUAAAUACUUCUGUAAAAUCAAACGAAGGCAUAAUGAUUGUGGUGAAUAUACAUGAAAUUGUGUAAAAAUGUGUUCUAAAAUAUUAAUAUUAAGAGAAGAAAAUGGGGACUACGUUUGCAUGAAAAGACGUUUUCGUCUGCAUUCGUCUUAACGUGUGUAUUCAGGUCACGGUUUUUUUUAGUUGUGUCACUCUUAUAAAAUAACGUCAACUUAUUCGUUAAAUAUAUAUUUUAGUCACACUACCGUGUUCAGACGCUUUAACCACGUGUCUAAGUAUUAAAAAGAGUUGAAAUAAUCUUUAAUGGUUUUGUGCCUUUUGAAAUAUGUUGUUAUUAAGAAAGUUGAUAUGAUUUAAAUAAUAAUGUUACUUAUUGAUAGAAAUUACACUACUUAAGGGCGCUUUUUUACAACACUUUUUAAACGCGUUGACGAAAUUGGACGGCUACCUUGAGUAUCUCUUAGGAGUACGAAGGGGACAUCGCUAUAUACGUGUCUCAGUCACACAGCGGAGCCGCCCGCGGACCCAUAAUCCAUAUAAAGCUCGAAAUACUGUAAUGUGUGAAACACUACAGUAUUUCCAGGACUCAUGGUAGCCUUACAGUACAGAUUUAUAUUAACAAAGGUUGUCGUUUUCGCGUUAAAAAAACGUUAUUGACGUGAGUUAUUGUUUAAACUUGAUCUCUGUUGUUGCAUUUUGACGCUUUGUUUCAAGUUUACAAGUGGUUUAUAUUUUUAUUAUCAGAAGAAUAUAUCGGUGUUUGUUUAUGGUUAAAUUGCAUUUGUAUUGAAAUAUUUAUAAUACACAA